AUGGGUCACGACAGUGAGCCACUCACAGCUCAGUACAAAACCCAGCGGCCGCCUUGGAUCGGCCUCUGGAGCUCCAGGGAAUAGUGAGUUCGAUGAAAAAAUAACUGGAAAAUGAUAAAUUGCAGCACUGGACGCCCGGAUUGGUGGAAGGAAAACGGAGCCCAAGAUCCGGUGGUUCGAAAUGAGAAAUUGCGAAUGUACAGAGCGCGAUAUCGCGAGGAGGACCCCGAUUGGUUCGAUCCCAAGGUUUUUUUUUGAAAAAUAUUUUUCUUAUUUCCGUUUUUAAUCGAUUUUUUGUGAGUUUUAUUGUACUAUUUGUGUUAAAAAUAGCAAUUUUAAAGCUUUUUCUGAUGUGUUUUUGUUAAUAGAAUUUUUAACGAUUAUAUAAUUUUUUUCCUUCUUUUGUCCUAAUUUUUUUUUUUCGAGGAUCUUAAGCUCAUAUAUAUUCUCGGAAGAUAAUUUUCAAGCCAUUCUUUCAAAAAAUUUUCAAGCUGAAUUUUGUUAGAAUCUAGCGAUUUCUUUCCACUUCUUUGUAGGGUAUACUUUUUUCAGGUUCCCGACGGAACUUCCCUCUCGGGACCACUUGGCCUCGACUCGAAAAAGUACAAGAACAUCACCAAGAAAGCCGAUCAACCUGGGGAUCUGAAAGAAUUCCAGGAGAAGGUUGGUUUUCUCAAAUUUUCAAAAAAGUAAAAAAUUUUUAGGUUUUCAAAGGCUCGCACCAGUACAAGGCGAUCGUUGAAAAGUUCAAUUUGAGCAAGGAACAUCCGGGUUUCGACGUCAAUCCGACGCUGAACGAUUUGGUCAACUGUUGGUUUUGGAAAUUGGUCUUUUUGUGAUGGUCUUUUGAGUUGAAAAAAGGUUAUUUGAAGUUUUUUUGAGUCGAAAAGAGCUUUUUGAAAUGUAUUCAGAGGCUCAGGCUUAGAUUUUGGUGGUUUCUAUUAUUCUGUAGUACUAUAAUUUGAUCAUAUUGAAGUUUAGGUUGGGUUUCAUGUGUAAUUUUGAAGCUUAAAUCCGGUUUAAAACAUGUUAUUGAGGCCCUUUUUAGCGUAAAAUUGACUUUUCUCGUAAGUUUGAAGAAGAAGAAUUUAAUGGCCAUAUAAGUCCCAUGAUAAUCUCGCUUUUUUUAGCGACUUCAGGCCGUUUUUAUAUCAUAUAGUUUUUUUAUAUUUUGGGAUUUCAAAGCGAAUUUUUAGACGAUCACACAAUGUUUUUUUGAGGUUUUUUUAUAUUAGGAUCGAAAUUCCUUGAAAUUUUGCUUCAUAGUGCAAUAUUGUGUGAGCUUUUUCUGAAGUUAAAUAAGAGAAGUCUGGUAUUUUUCUGAAUUUCCUAUCAUUCUAGGGCACGAGAUGUUGUAUUUCUAGAAGAUUUGGUGUAACUUUGAAGAAUUUUUAUGUUGAAUUGAGUUAAAGAAAAAAAAUAAUUGGCGUUAGGUUUUUUUGCUUAAUUUCGAGGUUCCUUGUAACUUUGAAAAAGAAAAAUCAACUUUUUUGAAAGGAUUUUUUUCUUAAAUUUCUUAUUUAAAGGGGAUUUUUUGCUUGUUUGAAUUAUAUGAUUUUUCAUGUUAUUCGAUUUGGAAACGAAUUUUUGACGUUAAUGUCGUAUUUUUUGAGGUUUUUUUAUGGUUGAGAAAGAAGAAAAAGGUAGAAAAAGGGCGCCUUUUUGCUGCAUUUUUUUGAGCCGUCUCCCUUUUUCAACCAUUCUUGAUUUAAAAUCCUAGAAAAAAAUGGAAGGUUCGAUAAAUAGACCCUUUUUUUGCUGCCUUUCUGCGGCCUUUUUUGAACCUCUUUCUUUUAGCGGCCAUUAUUCACCUUUCCGACUUUGCCCAAGUUGAAACUUAAAAAAUUUUUUUCGCUUUAUAAUGCAUUUUUCAUAAUAGAUAGGCUGAUUUUUUUGAAGAGUUCAAAAAGAUUUUUUUCAAUGUUAAUGUCAUGUUCAAAUUUUCCGCGAAAUGCAAAUUUAUCUCUGUCUCUCCGAAUUUUCAGUUAUCUUUUUUUCUUUCUCUGAUGGCUAUUUUUUGGAUUUCACGGGAGUCAUUUUUGAACACGAAAUUAGCUUGUUAGUGCGGUUUUUUUUUGAAAUUUUCGAUUUUUUUUUGGUGAAAUUUGUUAAAUUUUCUUGAAAUAGGCUGUAGUGACUUAUAUGGGUCCAGGGAGCGGAUUUUGGCGGGAAAUGAAAAUUCAAAAAGAAUUUUUUCAUUCUAGAUUGAGUGAGACUUGGUACUUUACAGCGCCUGUCUCGCAGUUGGGCCGGAACGCGAUCAUCCCGAACAGCUGGUACCAUUUCGGACCGAGAUUCUUCGAUUCGCCUCUCAACGAAAACGCCCACAUGAAAGGAUUUGCCGCCGCCAAGUACGCCGCAAUUCUGUGUAGGAUCACGUCGACGUGUAGCCAAUCAAAAUCACGUCUCUUAAGUGGCCCCUUACACGCUCCUCGAGAUGCGCGCCAUGUCAUACGCCAAAAACUUCGAGCUCAAUAAGGGUCCCGACUAUAAGGACUUUUUGAAGGUGAAUGACGUCACGAGGUUUCAUAGGGAAAUUCAGCUUUUUUGCUCCUAGAUUUACAGUAAAACAUGUUCUUGAUCUUUUUUUGAUUUUAAGAAAAGUAAGAUUUUUAAGUAAGGUCCUUUGAGAAUUGAGGAUUUUUCUGUCAGUGUUAGAGUCCUAGAAAAAGGGUCCUCAGAUUUUAGAAACUGAUAAAAUUGGUUUUCGCGCUAUUUUCAAGGACCGCUUAAACUUGAGGCUUUUCCUGGCAUAUCCAGGGUUUAAGAACAAAAAAUGUACUUCAAAUGUUAAGAAGGACCUCAAAACUUGAGGCUUUCCCUGUCAGUUUCAGAAUUUCAAAACGAAACACCCUCAAACUGGUAAAAUUAAGAAAGUGAAUCAUUCCCAGAGAUACGCGAAGCUGGCGCCCCUUCCCUUGUCGGUGGCGUUCGCCUGGGGCUUUACCCUCUCGGCUGCGUCGACCUUGCGGAACCGCGACGACGUCUACAAUCACUUCUACGCGAGUGCCGCCGUUGGAACCGUCGUCGCCUCUAUGAGUGAGAAAAACAGGAAAAAACUGAAUCUGAUGGCGGUAUCUGCACCCUCCAAUAUUCACGUGCUAUUUUUAUGGCACUCUCUGAAGAGGGAACAAAAAACUGUCGAGUCGGACUAUAUAUUAUGGAAUAGAAGCACCGUGGUCAGAACAAACGGAGUAGUCUAUCCUUUUCAAGGGGUCCCUAGAGUGGAAAGAGAUGUAAGUCCUCCGUGAAUCUUCCCAGACGUCUCCGAGCUUUUCUAGGGAAGUCUCCGCUCUUAAGUGACCCCUAGAAAUGCUCAGAUUUGCGUCCCCGAGGCCCUAGUAUAGCUGAUUCACGGCUGUCUUGAGCCCUUGAAAAAAAAAAUGGGUCCUGACACGAUAAAAAAAGAGAUAGUGCCUAGUUGGUGGAGAGUGCAGAGUUAGCCGUGAAUCGGCUAUAUAGCGGAGGUUUUCUUGAACAUUCUGACGAACGAGUUGGUUGGUAAUUUUAAAAGUUUCCACUAGAGGGACAACUUGCGCCUCUCUAGUGAUCACUUAGAGAGGUUUCACUUCUCCGUUCGAAACCCGCGAAGACUCAAAUCUUUUUUUAAACUUUUUAAACUCGUCACUUUAUUUUUUUUUCUUUUCGAGGCUAAAAAUCAUCUUCCUGGUUCGAGGUUCCCCCCGACAAAGCUUAGAAAUCGCUGAAUUUUUGAAUUUUGCUCAAUUUUUUUUAGCUUGUAAGAAACGUUGCUCUGUGAUGUCCAUUUUUCUUCUCAAAAUUGUGUUUUUUUUCGAAGGUUUUUUUUCUUGAUACCCUCAAAAUAUUCCAUGAGUCAGCAGAUACAAAAUCAGUCUGAGGCCUGAAUAAAUGUUUAAUGUUUCAGGAAGCAACGUUUCUUUGGGCAUUACCAGCGCGGUUCUCACGACGAUCCUCGGCGUUUUCUGGCAAUAUCAACGCGUUUCCGAGACCGGACUCCAGGUGGGGAAGCUUUUCUUGAAGUGGAAAUGAACAGAAAAAAAGUGGAAAGGAAAAAAUGGGACAAAAACGGGACAUUUUAAUAGAAUAAGUGGGGUUUUCUCUUCAUGGAAGCACCUAGAAGUCGAAAAAAGCCUUUCGUGUCAUAUUUUAAGCUUUUUCUUCAUAUAUAAGAUUGAACUGAGUUGGCACGUUGAAAAAGGGGUUUCAGAAGUACAUUUAAAAAACGGCAAAAAUCUAAAUCCCUUGAGAGGAGUCGAACCUUUGACCCUUUUCGUGAUAAUUAAAGGUCUUGAAGAGAAACAGCUCAUAGGUCUCAGAGAACUACCAAGUGAUCCCUUUAGUGGCGUCAGCCCUCUUAAGGGAUCACUAGAGGGCUCAGAAUAGCCCGAGGAACUUCAACCAGUCUCGAUCCUCUUUAACGCAAGACCACCUGCGCCCCGAAUGUUUUUGAGCAUUUCUAGUGGUCCCUUGAGAGUUGUCGCCGAAUGUUUUUUUUAGCAUUUCUAGGGAUCACUUAAGAGUUGGCGCCGAAUGUUUUUGAGCAUUCCUAGGGAUCACUUAAGAGUUGACGCCCCUAAAAAACCCACUGAGGAAGGUCCGGAGCGCGUAAAAAGAGAUGAAAAUGUAUAUUAUCAAUGGAGCGCACAUGCUUCUAUUAUGACUAGUUUCCCGCAACCUUCAAAGAUUUUCUCAACGUCCGGCUUUUGCAGGGAAUGACGACUCACUCGGACUCGGCCGGAAUUUGGGGCGGACCUUUGCUGUGGAAGAUCUUCCAGCACGGCGAUCGUAAAGUUCCAAACACCCAUUAUUAA